AGCGCUGAGCGGCAUCGCUAUACCGAGGGUUCGGCUGUUGUGUUCUCUGGCGUUCAGCGGUCCACCAAUCACCAAACCGCCACUCUUUGCUCCACCAAUCAACGGUCAACCAAUUUGUUUUGACCCAAUCAGCGCGCUGCGGUACAGCUGUAGUAUCAGCCCUCCGCACUCAGAUGCUUACUUUCCACUUUUAACAUGGCGGUUAUGUGUGUUUUGCUGGCCGGAAGACAUCGGAACGCUGUUCACAGGUUUAUACCGGUGAUUUCGGAAAAUAGCAGGGUUUUGGUUGGUCUCUACAGCAGGGCUGCGCAGCAGUGCAGUUCGGACACGUACUGCCAUGACAACGACUGCACGGAUGAGCCGAGCCAUUUGGUGACUGUGAGAGCACUGGAGGUGCGAGCCAGUAAGCUGGAGGAGCAGGUCCGGAAUCUCACUGAAAAGUACAACAAAGCUUUGGCUGACGUACACACCGUUCGUAGGAGGACCCAAAAGUUUGUUGAGGAUGCCAAGCUGUUUGGGAUCCAGAGUUUCUGUCGGGACCUAGUGGAGGUGGCCGACCUUCUGGAGAAGACUGCAGGUGGUCCGGAGGGCGAGGGAGCACAGGGGAUACCAGAAGAGCUCACAGAGAUACGGAACCGGCUACAGUGUAUUUUUGCCAAACACGGCCUGAAGAAGAUGGAUCCUGUGGGCUGCAAAUAUGACCCUUAUGACCACGAGAUUGUCUGCCACCUGGUAGCUGAGGGUGCAGAGCCCGGCACCGUAGCCAUUGUUAAGCAGCAUGGAUACAAAUUGCAUGGGCGCACAAUCCGCCACGCCCACGUGGGCAUUGCCUUGGAAAGCCAGGACCAUUGAUCAGUCACAGGACCUUUGGCUGUUCAGCCUCUGGACUCUAGGUCCCCCCCCCCCCCGUUGUUUCAUCUCAGUAUUUAAAAAAGAAAAUUGGGUUGUGUGUAACUUUUUGGGAAUAUUUAUUUGUCUUUCCAAUGUCUUCAGUGCUGAAAUACAUUAUAGUCUUAGUGUUUGCCAUCUGUAGUAUGGUACUUUUCAAGACUACUUGAAUACAUGAAGGUGUCGUUAAUUUCGGCCCUUAUUUGAUGAGGUUCACAUAAGGGUCCAAGAGGAUCUCUUUAAAUGCCUUCAGCAGUGUGUGUGUAGAUGACCAGAUAUAUCAGCUAAUAUAGCGUACUCUCCAUUGUAGGACCACUUCCUAGUAACUGUGAGGUGCUGUCUGUGGUAGUUGGCAUGUGUUCCAGGUAAGGAUGCUGCUCGUAAGUUAGCAGUCGGAGGGUCAUGGUGAGUCCCAGGUGUUUCAGCACGUGAUGAAGGUUAAGUGCAGUAAUGCAGAUGUGACGGGGAUUUGUGGAAUGUGUCGUGGUGGUUUUGUGAGAAUGUGUUUUGUGAGCCCAGGAUGACCAAUUGUGUGUUUUGCACAGUAGAUUUUCUAUUAAUUUUCAAAUCGUUUAUGCAUGGUUACAUCAUUCCAGUACUAAUAUUAGUAAAUAUUUUUGUUAUGAUUGCAAAAGUAUAACUGAAAUGAUAGUGUUACACUGAAAUGUUUAAAAUACAUUGAAGGUCUCACAGAUGGUUGAAAAGGUAGUUCAGUACCCUACCAAGUUUGUGCCACCAGUCUAGUUUGUGUGGACAUGUAUAUUUUAAAGCUUUAGUUUAUUUUUCUUGGUAGAAGUUUUUUCCUUCCCCUUCUUAUGAUUUUGCAUUAAUUUAGAACAUGGAAAAUCAGACAUGGAGGAGACUGAUCAUGUUUAAAAAGUGAAACUGACAAAAGAGCUGGAAAUGUGAUUUGGUGGCAGAAAGUCACUCAGCAGCUUCCUUGUUGUGUUUCAGUAAAGUAUUUUUCCCCACGUUUA